CUCUCGCUUCAGGUUUGGAUGUUUGAAGGCGGAGUUCAGUCGAGUAAACUCACAAGUCUUCUCUCUGAACCAGCGUUGCAGUCACUUCUGUAUUCCACUGGAAAUAAAGGGUGUUUUAUAUUUCGUCGCGGAAGAACAUUUAUUCUUCGUUUAAAAACUGUGAAGCGGAGUGAUACACUUUCACCGUUUCACCUGCGGGAGAAAAACAAAGUCACCUCGUGAUAGGUGCUGCAGAGCUGACGAUGAAGCACCUCUGCCUGUUUGCACUCUUGGCGACCUUCGUGGUCCAUAAGGGGGUCUUGUCCCAGGCUCCUACUUACGGAGAACGCGGCUCUGAUCUGGGCAUUCAGGUGUUCCAGCAAGUUGUCCGCUCCAAGCCCCUGGAGAAUGUGGUGCUCUCCCCCCACGGUGUAGCCUCCAUCCUGGGGAUGUUGCUGCCAGGAGCCCACGGAGAGACCAAGAAGCAGGUCCUGAACGGCCUGCGAUACAAGAAGAACGGCCCGUACAGGAUGCUGAAGAAGCUGCACAAGGCGUUGAUAGCGAAGUCCAACCAGGACAUUGUGCUGAUUGCUAACGCCCUGUUCAGCCAGCGGGGCUUCCGCAUGGAGGACGCCUUUCUGUCCUCCAAUAAAGCCAACUUCCAGUGUGAGAGCCGAGGGCUGGACUUCAGCAACCCCAACUUGGCUUCAGAGCAAAUCAACGCGUGGGUCAGCAAUAAGACCAAAGGUCACAUCCCCAGCCUGAUCAAAGCAGACAUGCUGGACCCGGCUCUGACCCGACUGGUCGCUGUCAACGCCAUCUACUUCAAAGGUCUGUGGAAGUCCCGCUUCCAGCCCGAGAGCACCAAGAUGAGGCCCUUCACCGGGGGGGACGGGACCGUUUACAAAGUCCCUAUGAUGUCCCAGCUCUCCGUCUUCGAUAUGGCUAUGGCCAGCACCCCUCAGGGUCUGAAGUACAAAGUGAUUGACCUCCCUUAUCACGGGAACACGAUGAGCAUGAUGAUCGUGAUUCCCUAUGAGGAGGAGACCCCUCUGUCCAGAGUGCUGCCUCACAUCAGCACCGCCACCGUCAAGAGCUGGACCAAACUCAUGCACAUGAGAAAAGUCCGCCUGUUCAUCCCCAGGUUUACAGCUGAUGCAGAGGUGGAUCUGGAAGCCCCCCUCGCUGCUCUGGGAAUAACAGACUUGUUCAGACAGGACAAAGCUGACUUCAGACACCUCAGUGCUGAGCCUGUGUACAUCUCCAAGGCGCUGCAGAAAGCCAAAGUGAUUGUGAAUGAAGACGGAACGAAAGCAGCUGCUGCCACUAGUGCCAUUCUGCUGGCUCGGUCCUCUCCACCCUGGGUCACAGUGGACCGACCUUUCCUCUUCCUCAUCAGACACAACCCAACAGGUACCAUUCUCUUCAUGGGCCAGAUCAACAAGCCUUGAACCAGCGUCUUACACCAUCAUGGAAAACGCUUCUACGCUGCCACACACACACACACACACACACACACACUCACACUCACACUCACACUCACUCACACACACACACACACUCCCACUCGCACACUUCGCUGUAGACUUAUGUACAGUGUGGACAUGUGAUGUUAUUUGUUUUUUAAAUAUUGCUUUUUAUGUUUUCCAUUCUCUUCCAUUUUUGUAUUCUUUUAUUUUGAAUUUUUCUUACAUUUUUAAAGACUUUGAAUGUCAGUUGUGUAUUUUUUUUCUCAACUCUGGAGUAGGAUAACCCGUUUAUUUAUCAUGUUGCUGUUUCAGUUUAAAAUCCUCCAUCUCAAGUCGUGUCAGUUUAUCAUCCACUUUCUCUCCUGAGUUCCCGUGCAUCACACCUCGAGCGCCUUGCAUUCAACUACUUCACAACGACUGUUUCCCUUCUGUUGCUUCAUAUUUGAUGAAUAAAUACACAUAUUUAUAACAUCAA